UUGGGUAGGAUUUAAUUGAUAUCGGGUCCGAACUCCGACAGUGACCCAGCCCCGCUCCUAACCAGCCGUGGCCAUUGAAAGGCCUUUUCCUUCAAAUCAUCGCAUCUGCCACAAGGAAAAGGAGGAAGAACGAACGUCUCUCUCUGCAAAACGAAGGCGGAACGGAAUCCUAAUUUUUUUUGUUUACGCGAUCGAUCGAUCGAUCAGGGGCUUCUCCACCGCAGCUUGAGCAACUGAAGCAGCCAUGAAAGUUCUUGAGAAUGGCAUUAUUCAGAUCGAAGCAGGCGACCCGUAUAUAUCUGAUGAUGAACUCUAUGAAGAUGGGAAGCAUUCGAUGACCGACGAAGAGUGGAAAGCAUACUGCAAGCAGCUUGAUGAAAGCCAGGGCUUUGACGUGGGAGAGUUCCCCAAUGUUUUUCAUUAUGGUUUGAUUCGCCCCAUCUCUUUUAAGGGUGAUGAUAAAGACUUAAUAUACUUCACCAAUCUAGGGAUUGCUCAUUAUAAUGAGAAAGAGGUUGCGUGCCUCAAGCUAGUGGAAAUACUGAAGGCGAACACACAACCGUGCUCUCCUUACAUCUUUUAUAUCACCUUCGAGGCAGAGGACGCUUCCACUGGUGAGAGAGGGACUUAUCAGACUAAAGUGUACGGUCGGUGCCCGAUAAAAUCAUCUUAUGUGGAUUUCACGAGGGUCAAGCCUGAAACCAAAACAGAAGUAGGUCCUUCAGAUAUCAAGGCGAGGGAGAGAGAUGAGGAGGAGGAACAAAAAGAAGGAAAGAGAUUGAAGAUUUAGGGAAGUGUCAGCAGUGUACACUCACUGCUCCGAAGAUGUGGAAUAGGUUGACAGCUCUACUAUCAUUCUGUUUAUGAAUAUUAAUGCACGGGGUUGGUGGUGUUUGGUACAUUUUGUGGAUCUUGGUGUUGUGUGAAACUCUAUGCUUGGAAUUAUGCUAUUAGAGGAAAUUAUGGAGUAGGUUGUUUUCGUGCUGUUUCAAUGCUUAUCUAAGUCGUUUGUUCAUCUUAAUUUUUAAAUAUUGCAAAAAAUUAAAAUGUUUAUCUUAAUGUGGGACAGGAACCAUGCGUAUUUUUUGUUCAGGCCUUUAAGAUUAGUUCUUAAUCUCAUGUUCGCUUAUCCAGGAGGGAGAGUCUUAUACAGGAUGUGUUGAAUCUA